CAGAUGGUUCACACCCUCGCCAGCAAUGGCGCCAACUCCAUCUGGGAACACUCCCUCCUCGAUCCGGCACAAGUGCAGAGCGGACGCCGUAAAGCGAAUCCUCAGGACAAAGUCCACCCCACCAAGUCCGAAUUCAUCCGUGCCAAAUACCAGAUGUUAGCCUUCGUUCACAAACUCCCCUGCCGAGAUGAUGACGGAGUCACCGCCAAGGAUCUCAGCAAGCAACUGCAUUCGAGUGUCCGAACGGGCAACCUGGAAACCUGUUUGCGCCUUCUCUCCUUGGGGGCCCAAGCCAACUUCUUCCACCCGGAGAAAGGGACCACGCCUUUGCAUGUGGCUGCGAAAGCUGGCCAGGUGCUACAGGCUGAGUUGCUGGUGGUGUAUGGAGCUGAUCCAGGCGCCCCCGAUGUGAAUGGCCGGACACCCAUCGACUACGCCAGACAGGCGUCCCAACACGAACUGGCCGAGCGACUGGUGGAGUGCCAGUAUGAGCUGACCGACCGACUGGCCUUCUACCUUUGUGGGCGCAAGCCAGAUCACAAGAACGGGCAUUACAUCAUUCCCCAGAUGGCAGACAGCUUAGAUCUUUCGGAGCUGGCCAAGGCGGCAAAGAAGAAGUUGCAGGCGCUGAGCAACCAUCUCUUUGAAGAGCUCGCGAUGGAUGUCUACGACGAAGUGGAUCGCCGCGAAAACGACGCCGUCUGGCUGACCACACAGAACCACAGCACCCUGGUGACCGAGCGCAGCGCUGUGCCCUUCCUGCCAGUGAACCCCGAAUAUUCAGCCACACGGAAUCAGGGGCGGCAGAAGUUGGCCCGUUUCAACGCCCGGGAGUUUGCCACCCUCAUCAUCGACAUCCUGAGUGAGGCCAAGCGACGCCAGCAGGGCAAGGGCCUGAUCAGCCCCACUGAGGCCCUCGACUCCUCCGUCCACGGGCCCAGCGACAUGGACGACCAACACGACUACGACAGCGUGGCCUCCGAUGAGGACACGGACCUCGAGCCCCUGCGGAAUGCCAAUGCUGGGCGCAACAACCGUGCUCGGAGCAUGGACUCCUCCGACCUCUCGGACGGGGCCAUCACCCUGCAGGAGUACCUGGAAGUGAAGAAGGCGCUGGCCGUCUCCGAAGCCAAAGUCCAGCAACUCAUGAAGGUGAACAACAGCCUGAGCGACGAGUUGCGGCGGCUGCAGAGAGAGAUUCAUAAGCUGCAGUCAGAGAACUUGCAGAUCCGUCAGCAAGCAGGGCCCGUCCACCCGGCGGCCCCCACACCUACCGAGCGCCCCGAGCACAGCCACGCGCCCUCUGCCGUAACCGGAGCCCACCGGCGCGACCGCCACGCCUUCUCCAUGUACGAGCCGGGCGCCAGCCCGCUCAAGCCCUUCAGCCAGCCGCCCAUGGACGACUUGGUUAGCCGCCUGCAACCCUUCCACCCCGGGGAAUCGGAGGAAGACGGGAUGUAUUCCGUCCACAGCCAACCCAACAUUUACCGAAUCCGGAAGGGGGGCUCCAUUUCGGCCAUGCCGUUCCCUCCGUCGUCUUCUCCGUUGGUGGUGGGUCCGCCGGAGGGCAGCGGGCGCCACUUGAGUGGGAAACUGGACCGGCACGGCAGCGGCACCGACAGCGACUACGACAACACGCAGGGAGGCGACCUGCCCCUUAGCUGCAUGGACGGGAAACGCUUCCUGGAGCUGGGGAAGGAGGAGGAUUUGCACCUGGAACCGGAGCUGCUGGAAGGGGACACGGACGGGGGUCUCCCCAGCACGGAGGACGUCAUCCUCAAGACCGAACAGGUCACCAAGAACAUCCAGGAGCUUCUGAGGGCCGCCCAGGAGUUCAAACACGACAGCUUCGUCCCCUGUUCGGAGAAAAUCCAUACGGCGGUCACGGAAAUGGCGUCGCUUUUCCCCAAGAAACCGGCCCUGGAGACGGUGCGCAGCUCCCUCCGCCUGCUCAACGCCAGCGCCUACCGGCUGCAGAGCGAAUGCCGCAAGACGGUGCCGCCGGAGCCUGGCGCGCCCGUGGACUACCAACUCCUGACGCAGCAGGUCAUCCAGUGCGCCUACGACAUCGCCAAGGCCGCCAAGCAGCUGGUCACCAUCACCACCCGGGAGAAGAAGCAGUGAGGGUGGGAGGGCCCCCCCUUCCUCGUCGUCUCCCCCCCCCCCAAUCCCCCGGGGCCGGCUGCUAUGCCCGCCCGGAAGUCUCCUUCCUCUGCUUGGCGCAACCCGGGCACCGAUAAAAAGAGGAGGGGGAACAAGACAGGCGAGGGCAGCCUGGGCAGUCCAGAAACUGUUUGUGUAAAUACCCCCUCCCUCUGUCUCCUCCCACCCCCCCCCCACAACCCACCCCGGGAAGGACCAUCCGAGCGGCUCUCCCCCCAUAUAUAGUGCGUGGAUCUGUCCAUCCGUAUGCCCCCCCCCUUUCCCCAUCCGUGCCCUCCUCUGUCUGUAUAGAGAGAGACCAAGUGUAUUUAUCUGGCAAAUCCCCCCUCCCCAAUAGUGUUAACACUGGAAUAGCGACGUCGAGGAGCCACUGAGAUUGGAGCAGCCCCCCCCUCUGAAAAAAAAAAUCUGGGCUCUUCUCCCCCUCUUCCUCUCCCCCGCCCCCCCACCGGAAGCAAAGACUAACCUCUCCUCUUUGCAAUCCAUAUUAUUUUUCUCCCCUCGUUUUUCUCGCUUCGUUCCUGCAUCCUGCGGUUUUGCUGGCGGGGGACGAGAGCGGGGGGGGGGUAUUGUGUGUGUGUAUGUGUGUGUGUGUGUGUGUGUGUCUCCAGUCGGCCCCCCCCUCCUUCCCGAAAGCUGUGAAGCUGAGGCCAGUCGUGGAGAUAGAGGUGGGGGGGGGGCAGGAGGGUACCCUGGGCACUGCGCUGGAAUCUCUGGUUUCGAAAUCUUGUACAUUUGUAACAAAUAAAAAGAGGAUGCCAACGGCA